ACCGCAUCCAACAACCACCAUGUCCGACGAUGAAAUGAAUAUCGACGAAGUCGCUAGCGGCGGCGCUGUGAGGCGGAGAGGCAGGGGUUUCCAAAAUACGGCAGGCGGAAACGAUGGUACAGUCACCGCAGAGCCCACUUAUGACAGGGUUGAAUCUUCUCAUGUCAAGGACGACACAAGAGCCGCGCGAUCCGUUGAAGGUUGGAUUGUCUUGGUCACCAAUAGGAAGAUUGUCACGGACAAGUUUGCAGAGUUCGGAGAGAUAAAAAACCUCCAUUUGAACUUGGACCGGCGCACAGGUUAUGUCAAGGGCUAUGCACUCGUGGAAUACGAGACCAUGGCUGAGGCUCAGGCUGCUAUCGAUGGCGCGUCGGGAACGUCAUUACUAGAACAAGCGGUCCAAUGCGACUACGCGUUCGUUCGGCCCCCUCCAUCGGGCCCGAAAAAAGGCAGAGGAGGUCGGGAAGGACGCGGUCGGAGUGCUAGUCCAUCACGCAGACAAAGAGACUGAGGUUAUUCCCUUGGAUCUGCGAUGUCUGACUGUAUUCAGCUUUGUUUAAUGUAAUUUGAUGAAUCCUGUUCUCCCGCAAUUACAUCUAUUCACCGAUGCGACGCGACGGCGCGCUCAUAAAA